GGUUAGGUCUAAUGACUCAAUCGCUGCAAACCUAUUGUUAUUUUUCUGGUGUUGAACAUCUAUUCAGCCUCAGACUGAUCGCAAUGUUCCUUCUACUUCAUCUUAUUGUUCUGAUAGAUAUCAAAGAUUUUGUGCUGAGUGAUGACAGUACAAUGACAUCUUUGUGCCAGAAAGGAUACUUUCCCUGUGGGAAUCUUACCAAAUGCUUACCACGUGCUUUUCACUGUGAUGGCGUGAACGACUGUGGGAACGGAGCUGAUGAAGAAAACUGUGGAGACACUAGUGGAUGGGCGACUAUAUUUGGCACAGUCCAUGGAAAUGCUAAUAAUGUGGCAUUGACACAGGAGUGCUUUCUAAGUCAGUAUCCACAAUGCUGUGACUGCAAAGAGACUGAACUGGAAUGUGUCAAUGCUGGCUUAAUAUCUGUGCCAAAGAUUUCCAGGAAUGUGACAUUACUGUCUCUUAAGAAAAAUAAAAUUCACAGUCUUCCAGAUAAAGUUUUCAUCAAGUAUGCAGAACUUAAAAAGCUAUUUCUUCAACAUAAUUGUAUUAGACACAUAUCCAGGAAAGCAUUUUUUGGAUUACACAACCUGCAAAUAUUAUAUCUCAACCACAACUGCAUCACAACUCUCACACCUGGUGUAUUCCAAGACUUGCAUCAUUUAAUUUGGCUAAUUCUAGAUGACAACCCAAUCACCAUAAUUUCACAGCAGUUAUUUACUGGAUUAAAGUCUUUGUUUUUUCUGUCUAUGGUUAAUAACUACUUAGAAUCCCUUCCCAAUCAGAUGUGUGCCCAAAUGCCUCAACUCAAUUGGAUGGAUUUGGAAGGCAACAGCAUAAAAUAUCUUACAAAUUCUACCUUUCUGUCGUGUAAUUCACUCACAGUGCUGUUUCUGCAUAGAAAUCAAAUUGAUUUUGUUCCAGAGAAGACAUUUUCUUCAUUAAAAAAUUUAGGAGAACUGGAUCUAUCUAGUAAUAUGAUAAUAGAGCUUCCACCCCGCAUUUUUGAAGACUUGAAGCUUCUACAGAAACUGAAUCUAUCGUCCAAUCCUCUUUUGUAUCUCCACAAGAACCAGUUUGAAAGCCUUAAACAACUUCAGUCUCUAGACCUGGAAAGGAUAGAGAUUCCAAAUAUAAACACAAGGAUGUUUCAACCCAUGAGGAAUCUUUCUUACAUUUAUUUCAAAAACUUUCGAUACUGCUCCUAUGCUCCCCAUGUCCGAGUUUGUAUGCCCUUGACUGACGGAAUUUCUUCAUUUGAGGACCUCUUGGCUAACAAUAUACUCAGAAUAUUUGUCUGGGUUAUAGCUUUCAUAACCUGCUUUGGAAAUCUUUUUGUCAUUGGCAUGAGAUCUUUCAUUAAAGCUGAAAAUACUACUCACGCUCUGUCCAUCAAAAUUCUCUGUUGUGCGGACUGCCUGAUGGGUGUUUAUUUAAUCUUCAUUGGCAUUUUCGAUAUGAAGUACCGUGGGCAGUACCAGAAGUAUGCAUUACUGUGGAUGGAAAGCUUGCCCUGCCAGCUCAUGGGCUUCCUGGCCAUGCUGUCCACGGAGGUUUCCGUCCUACUGUUGACAUACUUGACAGUGGAGAAGUUUUUGGUCAUUGUCUUUCCCUUCAGUAACAUUCGUCCUGGGAAGCGGCAGACCUUGGCUAUCCUCUCUGGCAUUUGGAUUGUGGGGUUUUUGAUAGCUGCGAUACCAUUUUGUAAUGAGAAUUAUUUUGGAAACUUUUAUGGAAAAAAUGGAGUCUGCUUUCCUCUUUACUAUGACCAAACAGAAGAUAUUGGAAGCAAAGGCUACUCUCUUGGAAUUUUCCUAGGCGUGAACUUGCUGGCUUUUCUCAUCAUUGUAUUUGCCUAUAUUACCAUGUUCUGGUCCAUUCAAAAAACUGCCUUGCAGACUUCAGAAGUAAGAAAUCAGAUUGGAAGAGAGAUGGCUAUUGCAAAUCGCUUCUUUUUUAUAGUGUUCUCUGACGCCCUCUGCUGGAUUCCUGUAUUUGUAAUUAAAAUACUUUCCCUUUUACGGGUGGAAAUACCAGGUACAAUCACUUCCUGGAUAGUCGUUUUCUUCCUUCCAGUAAACAGUGCCUUGAAUCCAAUCCUCUACACUCUCACAACAAGCUUUUUCAAAGAGAACUUUAAACAGUUACUGCACAAACACUGACGAAAGUCUAUCUUCAAAACUAAAAAGAGAAGCGCUUCUGCAUCCAUUGUGUGGUCAUAGCACUCCUCAUUUAAACUUUGAGUUUUUCACAAAGAAACUCUUGGGGACAGUAGAGUGAAACCAAGUUCCUAG